AUGACCGCUUUACCCUGUUCAAAUACGGCGGAUAACGCUACGACGCUUGACCUGGCCGCGAUCAUACUGUUCAACCCGAAACUACCUAAUCUAAUUCAUAGACAUAGUGUUAAGAACUUUGGUGUGAUGUGUUGCGAAUCGUGUAAAGCAUUUUUUAGACGUACAGCUCUUGCUAACAAGGGUUUGAAUGAAUUGGAGUGCAAUCGGGUGUCGGAGCUCAUGAUUGCCUCAAAUAUAUUUAGUACUCCUACGGCUAAAAAGGGGUUUACGUAUAAAAUACAAAGUUUGGAGCAAUUCUUGAAAGACUACUCCUAUUUGUGCGACAAUUUUAUUAGAAAGGAUCAGUUAUCACUCAUUAAGUAUGGCAUCUAUGAUAUCAAUUCAUUUCGGUACCUAAGGUUUUACGAUAUGCACACUGAAUGCAUGGUACUGCCCGUGUUUUUAUCGGACUGGGAUUAUAGCGAUACUAUAGCUAUUGAAUUGUUGAUGGCAAUCAUACUUUUUAAUCCCGAUCGACCAAACCUAUUGCACAAACACGUUGUUCAGUGA